AACGAAUAACGGCCUCGAACUAUCGAACAAUCAUCGAUUGUAUAAUAUGUGAUAACAAAACGAAUCGAACAAACGAAAAAGAGAACUGUCAAUUAACAUGACAAACUUCGACCGAAUGAAGGCAUUUUAGGAAAAGUUUCAAAGGUUUUUCUCCAAAAAACAAAACGGUUAUUUGUUGAGGAACAUUACCGACUUACAUAGACCAACACCCGCCUUUUAAUUUUCUUGUGUGUUGUGAUUGUUGUGGCUGAAGAGCACUAGACGACGACGGCAAUGGCUUUCAACUUCACAGCAUUUACAUAUAUAAUUGCUUUGAUAGGGGAUGCGUUUUUAAUAUUCUUUGCAAUAUUUCAUGUUAUUGCAUUCGAUGAAUUGAAAACGGAUUACAAGAAUCCCAUAGAUCAAUGUAAUAGCUUAAAUCCGCUAGUCCUACCGGAAUAUAUUCUACAUAUAUUCCUGAAUUUAUUGUUUUUGGUGUGUGGAGAAUGGUUUUCGUUGUGCAUCAAUAUACCCUUGAUUGCCUAUCAUAUAUGGCGUUACAAAAAUCGCCCCGUAAUGUCUGGACCAGGUCUAUAUGAUCCCACAACGGUGUUAUCAUCGGAUAAUUUAACCAAAAAUAUGCGUGAGGGCUGGAUUAAAUUGGCAAUCUAUUUAAUUUCAUUCUUCUAUUACAUAUAUGGAAUGGUUUAUUCCCUAAUAUCCACGUAAAAACGCAUAAGCAUAUUUCUUCUCUGUAUGCUCGCUCGUCCUCAACGUCUUCAUCGUUCCCCCCAUUACAUAGCAACAAACAAACAAGAGAAAAACGUACACAACAAAAGAUCAAAAUCCUGAAAAUUUUCAAAAAAAAAAAAGUGUGUGUGGAUAUGUAAGCACUUGUUUUUUUUUUUUUCUUUAAUAUAACAAUUUCUUAAUAUUUAAUUUUCUCUGUAAUGUAUUUUAGUCAAAAGGAAAAAAAAAAUUAUAACAAUAAGAAAAAAAAUGUUUAAUUUAUA